AUGUGGAACGACGAGGAUAACAAUCCCUACGGCGCCUUUGAUCGCCCAGACGGCCAUCUAUCUGAUUCACUGCACUCCGGUGCCGUUUCUCCUCCUCCCUAUGAUCACGACACCUCCGAACCCUCGUCGCCCGUCUCGACCCAACCACCAGACUAUGUAUCGCGCUUGACCGAUAGCGAAGAUGAGGACGACAAUGAUUUUGAGAUUCGCCAGCCGCAGCCGUCCGGUCGCAAGAAGGGCGUGUACGAUAGUCGCAUUGAGCAGAUACUCUAUGAGAACCCCGAAAUGCCUAUAUUGAUCACGGAUGCUGGCAAGAACCAUGAAGGAGGAGGCGGAUACAUCGUUUAUACCAUUCGUACGGGGGACUUGGAGGUACGGCGACGAUAUUCGGAAUUUGCUUCGUUAAGACAGACGCUUGUCAGUCUACAUCCAACCCUUGUGAUUCCACCGAUACCCGAGAAACAUACAAUGGCCGACUAUGCUGCGAAGCCGACCAAAGCGAAAGAGGAUAGUGCCAUAAUUGAACUUCGAAAACGCAUGUUGGGUGUGUUCCUGAAUCGAUGUCGAAAGAUGAAGGAAGUGCGCGAAGAUGGCGUCUGGUGGCGCUUUCUGGAUCCUAAUGUUAGCUGGAGCGAGGUUUUGCAUUCCCACCCUGCAUCAUCAGUCCCAAAGAACAACCUGAAAGCUCCGCCCUUAGAUCCAGCAAAUCCAACUCCGGCCCACGCCUGGCUUCCUGUCCCUUCAGCAUCGGCAAAACUGAGAUCUUCAUCAACAACAAGUGCUAGCGGUACACCUGCUUCACCGUCCGAGUACUCUCAAACACCAUCAACAGCUGCGCACUCGACGCCGGGUGUACAGGUACUAGGCCGCUUCCCCCCGACAUCCAAGACGCUCAGUGAACAAGACCUCGAUCCAUACUUUAUUAAUUUCGAAGCAUCGACACGGGAGCUUGAGCUGUUGCUGCAGGGAAACAUUGAGAAAGUCAAUCGCCGCACUUUAUCACACUUGUCUUCGCUGUCUGCUGAUUUAAUGGAACUCGGCGCCCGCUACAACGGAUUUUCACUAUCAGAACAGUCCCCUACCGUCGCCGCGGCUAUUGAGCGCAUCGGUCAAGCUGCCGACACAUCUUAUAUCGAAACAGAAGAGCUCUCUGCCGCGUUGGGAGCUAACUUUGCGGAACCCAUGCGGGAAAGUGCCCAGUUUGCAAGCGUUGUUCGUAGCGUGUUACGAUACCGAGUGCUUAAACGGGUGCAGGAGGAAAUGACAAGAGAUGAGCUUGCGAAAAAGAAAGCUUUGCUUGAGUCUCUGGAACGAAGUGAGCAGGAAGCAAAACGUAUCGAUCAGUAUUUGAAUCAGGCAAACUCUACAUCGACGGCGACUAGGUCAUCUAGGUCGGCAUCUGCUUCUUCGGCGACGAGCAGUGGGCAAGGCGAGCACGAUACAUCUCGGACUUCUGAAGACACAACCUCUAUCGACUCUGAUUUUCCGCCCACCCAUGGUGAUAUCUCCCCUCAAGGGUCUCCAAGCCAGGCCAACCCGUACCGGGAUGUGCCACCUGCUCACCGCAAGAGCCCGAGUGGAAACUUUGUCACAAAUAAGCUAUUUGGUCGUAUCAGUCAUGCUAUUCAUGGAUUUGCGGAUGUUGAUCCUGAGCGAACGCGCCGAGAUCAAAUGGGAAAGACCAAGGAAAGUUUGGUCCAGCUGGAACAAGCUCUCCGAGUCUCCGAGACAGACGUUAAAGAUGCAAGUGCGGGCGUGCUACAAGAUCUCAAGCGAUUCCAGAAGGACAAGGAGGAGGAUCUCCGCCGAUAUAUGGUCGCCUAUGCUCGCUGUCACUUGGACUGGGCGCGGAAGAACCUCGAGACGUGGACGGAAGCCAAAGACGAGCUCACCGCCACGACGUCGUCCACCAAGCGUCGCAAAGUCGUUGAAGAGCCUCGCCGCCAUCCAAAGGCGCCCUCCUCGAGUGGCUCGGGGGCCAGGCACGCUGAUUCGGAGGAAAGACGUCACGGCCAGCCGACGAAAGAACCUCACCACCAACACCGGAAAUCCAACGAUUCGGUUUCAAAUAAUUAUAAUAAUAUACAGAAAACCUCCGCUCAUCGCCAGAAGCAAUUUGGCUCGUCUUCUCCCUCGCCCUCUCCUUCCCUGGCAACCUCCACCUCAUCCGCGCCUCCUUCCUUGCCACCACACCUCCCACCAUCAUCCCGGUCGACGGCGGCCCUGGCACCAUCCAACAAGCCCCGAUCCUCGGGCUCGUCACCACGCUAUAUCCCCGCGCAUCUCCAGGAAGAAGUUCUCGGUGUCGCUAACUCCCGAACCGCCAGUGCCCGUGCUCCCACUCCAGAGCACGCAGUAUCUCCGUCGGCGGCCUACGCAGGGCUCACGCUGGACAGUGACCCUGCGACCGAUAUGUCCAGUUCAGAAAAGGAUCAACAACGUGAAGUGCGCUCCUCGUCUCCCGGCGUGAAGCGUCGCAUGUCUCAGAUGAACCAGGACGAACGAUCCCAAGAGGACGUUGAAAUGGACAAUACAGACCACCAGAUGGAAGAGAGCGACUCGCGUCCAGCUCAGAGAAGAGCUACCUCGGUGGACAUGAUUGGAGCUAAUGAGGAUGCGGAAAUGGCAGAUGCAGUUGACAGCAGCAAUAACAACGAUUCCGAUCCGGUCUAUCCCACGCCUUCCAGUAUGUCGACAUAUAAAAGCUCUUCCGCAACAAAGGAAGGUGCCAAGAUCCACGAUUCUGCUUCUAGUUCGGAGCUCCCACCUAUCGACGAACAGGUUCAGCAAGUCCUAGAGUUGGCCCAGAAGUUACCAGAAGAUAAACAAAAGGGAUUCGUCUUGUCAUACAACUGGUUGAACAGAGUAUUGGCUCGUAGUUCAAAGGAGCGUGUACUCAAAGCUAUCGACAAAAAGUUCGCUGAAGGAGAGAUCGGACCGGUGGAUAACACGGACAUCAUUCUCGACACGGAUCCUUCCCUCACUUUUCAGGAUGAAGCAGGAGAGCCAUUUGUGCCCUUACGCCCCGGUUUGCAGAUGAACGAAGAUUUCGAGAUCGUUCCUCAAGCUGCGUGGGAUCUGAUUAUGAAAUGGUACGGAUUGGCCGAACAGUCACCGGCCAUUGUUCGUUAUGCACACAACACCAGCGAGGGCGACGCUACCAACAUUCAGUAUGAGAUUUCUCCGCCAAUCUACACCGUCCAUAAGCUGCCGGGAUCUGCUGGUGGCAUGUCUCACCAUGCACUGAGGGACAAGAGCGCAGCACCUGUCAGAUUUCUCGCAAGCAGACAGACCAAUUUUCAAAAGUGGCUGAAAAAGGCGAAAGAGCUUGCCCAUAUUGAUAUGGCAACCAAGGUUCGGGUGUGGAGAGUCCUGGACGGUCUUAGUAGUACCCAGACGUCCGGCGUUAUUACGCCCGCGCAUUCAAGAAGCAACUCACCUGCUCCCGGAGCUACCUUGGUGGCCAACGCUGGAAACAGUCUCGUGCUAGAUGUCAACACCUUUUCAUCUCUCUCAGAUACGCACCGCGAGUUGAUUGAGGAUGCUAAAGAUCAAACGAACAAUGAAAAAUACAACGGCAACUCGACAGUCGACCAUUUCGGGCUCGGUGAUAACGCCGUUGUAGUUCUGGAAGAGCAAAUUGGGGGCCCUGGAGGUGGUGAAUGGGUUUCAGAUGCCUCGAGAUCGACAUUGAAUCGUCUUGCUAUACCUAGUGCUACUAGACCUGGUGCUAACAAAGUGAAAUCUAAAGCCGUUACUACCACCAGUGGUCGGACAACCCCAGUUUCAGAGCCAAUCCGCGGACGCAAGAAGGACGGCCGGCCGAAAGGCAAUACGGGAUUCACGAACCUUGGAAAUACGUGCUACAUGGCAUCGGCAUUACAAUGCGUUCGCAGCGUGGAAGAACUGACAUUAUACUUUUUGAAUGAUUAUUACAAGAAAGAUCUCAACCCAAGCAAUCCUCUUUCACACAAUGGCGAUGUUGCAAAAGCGUACGCCAACUUGCUGCACGCUGUUUACGAUGACAGUCCAGCUUCCUUUUCUCCUAAACACUUCAAACAUACCAUUGGUCGUUAUGGACCUGCAUUCUCUGGAUAUGGCCAGCAGGACUCUCAGGAGUUCGUCCUCUUCCUUCUCGAUGGUUUGCAAGAGGAUCUUAAUCGCAUCCAAAAGAAGCCAUACAUCGAAAAGCCAGACUCUACCGAUGAGAUGGUACAUGAUCCGGCCGCAUUGAAAGCAUUUGCCGACAGAUGCUGGGAAAUUUACAAGGCUCGCAACGACUCGGUUAUCACGGAUUUGUUUGCAGGAAUGUACAAAUCAACCCUACAUUGUCCAGUGUGUGACAAAGUCAGCAUCAUCUUUGAUCCAUUCAACAACCUUACGCUACAGCUUCCUGUUGAGAACCUGUGGACAAAGGAUAUAUUCUACUUCCCUCUUCACAAACCUCCAGUGCUUAUCGAUGUUGAGAUUGAUAAGAACGCGAGCAUCAAAGCAUUAAAGGAGCUCGUGGCACAAAAGGCGGGCACAGACCCAUCGAGACUUAUCAUGGCAGAAGUUUAUAAGAACAAAUUCUAUCGGCUGUUCGACAAUACCAGUACCAUUGCCGAUAGCAACAUUACCGGAUCAGAUGAUAUAGGUAUCUUUGAAGUCGAGACUGUGCCGACCAAUUACAAUCCAGACCGUCCCAAGAAGUCAUCUUACUCAAUGUCCUUCAACAGCGAUCACGAGGAUGUUCCAAAAAUCGACUCUCCUCGAGCAGAUCGCCUUCUUGUACCGGUUUUUAAUCGUGUUCAAAGAUCAACGGGUCGGAUCGGAUCAAAACAAAAUUUUGGCGCUCCAUCGUUUAUUGUUCUGUCACGAGAAGAAGCUCAGGACUAUGAUGCUAUCUUGCGUAAGGUUCUGCUGGAGGUGGCGACGUUGACUACUCGUGAUUUCCUUCACGAAAGCGCCGGUGUCGAGGAAAUCACACAAGACGACAACACCGAUUCUGACGCUGUGAUAAUGAAUGAGGAUGACGACGACUCCGACUCGAAGAUCAAAGCUGCAUCUGUAGAGGGUGAAGAAGGGCUCGUUGACGUUUCCAUGGAGGAUGCUAGCGAUGGAAAGGAACUGCCUGAUGAUUCAUCCAAACCAGAGACCAAAAAGUCACCUCCCAUGCGUUUCCGAAACCUCUUUGAGAUGGGAUAUGUGAGAUCAAGACAUGAGGUCAUUCCUCUGGGUUUCUCAUCAGUUGACGACCAUACAAAUUACCCACUCAUUUCCUCACGAGCUCCGAAACCAAGGCCUAAGCCGAAGCCGAAACCCCGCAAAGUUGAAACGAAAGAGAGCCCCGACAGUCCAGUUAGCAGUGAAGACGAAAUCAAUACUAUACGCAGUGUGGAUGACAAGAGGCCCUCCCGAACCAGCGGGUCCUCGACCGAAUUUGGUAAAUUGGCAAAUGGCGACUCCAGCGACUCUGAGGACGAAAUCAAUACGGUUUCUAAGCGAUUGACGGAGACAACUCGAAAAGAGGAGCCAGUUUACUACAUUCGUCCUGGUGAGGGUAUCGUGCUUGAUUGGACGGAGACCAACCAUGACGGACUUUUCGGUGCUGACCAAAAAGACCGCAACGAACUGCGUGGCGCGCCAACGUGGACAAACGUGGAGCAUCUACCUGAUCCAGAACUCGCUGCUAAACGCGCACAGCGGGCGAAUCGCAGAAAGAAGGGCCUCUCGUUAGAUCAGUGCCUUGACGAGUUCGGUCGGGAGGAAAUUCUGUCUGAAAAUGAUGCAUGGUAUUGCCCACGUUGUAAAGAGCAUCGUCGGGCUAGCAAGAAAUUCGAGCUUUGGAAGACACCAGAUAUUCUAGUCGUUCAUCUUAAGCGAUUCAGUGCUAGUCGAGGUUUCAGGGACAAGAUUGACGAAUUGGUUGACUUUCCUAUUGAAGGACUCGAUCUGAAUGGACGUGUCGCAUCCGCCGAACCAGGCGAGAGUCAGAUCUAUGAUCUUUUCGCGGUUGAUAAUCAUUACGGUGGUCUUGGUGGGGGCCAUUAUACUGCUUAUGCCAAGAACUUCUUGACAAACGAGUGGAAUGAAUAUAACGACUCCCACGUGUCAAAGGCCAUCAAUCCUGCCAAAGUUGUGUCGACAGCUGCAUAUCUUCUGUUCUAUCGCCGACGAUCAGAUCGCCCGCUUGGAGGCCAACUAUUGCAAGAAAUUACCGAAGCCUCAACUCGGGCCAACUCCGACAAUGAAGACGACUCACGCGCCACAUCGCCGUCGGGGGAAGGCAGGCGCCUCGUCGACUCCUCCCGCAAUGGGUCUACGAGCGCCUUAGCCGGAGCCGGAGCAGCUCACCAAGCGGGAGUUGGUGGUUCGCAAGCCGGGCUCCGAGUGAGGAGCGUGGAGGUUGAUUCCAGCGAUAACGAAGAAGAAUUACCGCCUUAUGAAUCGAAACAUCAACAUAGCUCUUCCAAUUUCUCUAUUAUGGACCAACCUGCUUGGUCUUUUGACAAUAUCACGGGGCCUAUGGUGUCGGAUGACGACGAUGGGCUUUUUGACGACGAUGACGAUAAUGAUAGCAACAAAGCUGUGGGCGGAGGUGAUAUGAGCGACCUCGAGCAGCAUUUCAAUGGGGAUGCGGAUGAAACUGCCAAAUUCCAUUCUGUGAUUGAUGAUAUCGGCACUGUCAGCGAUGGGGACGAGGAUCUGCCGGUCGUCGAAUUACGUGUAAAUGAAGAUGACCGGGUUGUCUGA